AUGGCCACCACCGCAUCCCGCCUGAAGCAACCUUCCCUAUUCAUUGAUAAGAACUACAUUAAUGGCAAAUGGGUUGAUGCUGUCUCUGGGAGACAAUUUAAGGUGACAGAUCCGGCAAACGGAAAUGUCAUCGCUUCCGGUCCAGAGUCCGCCAGGAUAGAUGCAGAGAAAGCCAUCCAGUCCGCAGCUGCCGCACUUCCUGCAUGGCGGUCUCGCCCAGGUCGCAACCGUGGCCGUAUCCUUCGCCGGUGGUAUGAGUUGGUUAUGGAGAACAAAGACGAUCUAGCGACCUUGAUUACGUUGGAGAAUGGCAAGGCCAAGGCCGAUGCUGAAGGCGAAGUGCUUUUUGCAGCGAGCUUCCUCGAGUGGUUUGCCGAAGAAGCUGCCCGAAUAUACGGUGAUGUGAUUCCGCACAGUCAACCUGGGUUCCGUGUUUCGGUGCUGAAAGAGCCUAUUGGUGUCUGUGGCCUUGUUACUCCGUACGUGUUGAUCAACAACGAUGAUAUGGCUAGUAUGUAUGAACGUUUUACUGACACUGGUAUCGCGCUGUUUAGAUGGAACUUCCCUGCUGCUAUGAUUACUAGAAAGCUCGGUCCUGCACUGGCGGCUGGAUGCACAGUUGUUGUCAAGACUGCGGGUGAGACACCGUUAACUGCACAUGCCUUGAUGCACCUCGGUGAGAGAGCAGGCGUGCCUGCUGGUGUCAUCAAUAGUGUGAUUGCGUUAGCAAACACAGCCGAGAUUGGACAAGUCUUAUGCUCGUCCGACGUUAUUCGCAAGAUCUCCUUCACUGGCUCAACAAGAGUCGGGAAAUUUCUUAUGCAACAGUCUAGUGGUACUUUGAAGAAGUUAGGCUUAGAAUUGGGUGGAAAUGCCCCGUUCAUUGUCUUUGAAGAUGCCGACCUUGACGUGGCUGUCAACGCAGCGAUUGCCAGCAAGUUCAAGUCUUCUGGUCAGACCUGUGUGUGCUCCAACCGAAUCUUUAUCCAGAAGAGCAUUUAUCCGGAGUUCAUCUGCCGGUUGAAGGACGCUGUCGGUCGCUUCCACUUGGGUAAUGGCUUCGAUGAGAAGACGACCCAUGGUCCUUUGGUUACCCCUGCUGCUGCGAAUAGAAUUGCCGGUCUUGUUGAGGAUGCUGUUCAGCGAGGGGGUCAGAUUGCAAUCGGAGGUCAACGACGACCCGAUUUAGGUAAUUUCUCUUACUCCGCCAUAUCUAUUUGUGCAGGAGUCAAUCGGCUAAUGGGAAUCUUUUUCAAAGGGUCAAACUUCUUUGAGCCCACCAUCAUUACAAAUGUGAGCACUGAUAUGCGAGUGGUGAAUGAAGAGAUCUUCGGGCCUGUGGCGCCAAUCUUCUCCUUUGAUACUGAAGAUCAGGUUAUUUCCGAAUCCAACAAGAGCGAUUUUGGAUUGGCAUCCUAUAUCUUCACUCGCGAUGUUAGCCGGGCCAACCGCGUAUCAGAGCUGUUGCAGUUUGGAAUGGUAGCCAUUAACACAGGCGCUGUGUCAGAUGCUGCCAGUCCCUUCGGCGGUAUUAAGCACUCCGGUAUGGGCCGCGAGGGAAGCAAAUAUGGCAUCGAAGACUACUUGCAGACAAAGACGGUUGUCACUGGCAAUGUGCACGUUGCCCAUAAAGCUUCC